UAGACUUAUUAAAACAAAGAUGGCGGCUGCUGCUAGAUUUUUCAUCCGAGGUUCAAACUCCAAACUUCCCGUCCCCGGUGUCGGUACCGGGAGCCGAAACUCUUUGGGAGCCGCUUUUCUGAAACCGGUUCCGAACUGCAGCUCCCGUUCAAAAACACAACGAAGACAUGCGGCCCACUUCAGCUUCCAGCCCGACCCGGUACCGACUCAGUACGGUCCCACACAGAAGAUGAACUUGUUCCAGUCAGUAACCAGUGCCUUGGACAACACCCUCGCUAGUGAUCCUACAGCAGUCAUCUUUGGAGAAGAUGUUGCCUUCGGUGGAGUUUUUCGAUGCACAGUUGGGCUGAGAGACAAAUACGGUAAAGACAGAGUAUUCAACACUCCUCUCUGUGAACAGGGGAUUGUGGGAUUUGGUAUUGGUGCAGCGACUGCUGGUGCCACAGCCAUAGCUGAGAUCCAGUUUGCUGACUACAUCUACCCAGCGUUUGACCAGAUCCAUGUGCUGAGGGAGGUAGCCAGCAUGGCUCAGGAGAAACUGGGCGUGUCCUGUGAGGUCAUCGAUCUGAAGACCAUUCUGCCCUGGGAUGUAGAAACUGUCUGCAAGUCGGUGGUUAAAACUGGACGUUUGCUCAUCAGUCAUGAAGCACCAGUAACAGGAGGCUUUGCUGCUGAAAUAAGCUCCACUGUUCAGGAGGAGUGUUUCCUUAACCUGGAGGCUCCCAUAAGUAGGGUCUGUGGUUACGACACCCCCUUCCCUCACAUCUUUGAGCCUUUCUACAUCCCAGACAAGUGGAAGUGCUUUGAUGCAAUCAAAAGGAUGAUUAACUACUGAAUCCUGUCAGUCACAUGCCAGGUUCUUCACUUAUUGAAGCACAUUCUCUUCUCCAGGGCCAUGAACUCCACACUCUCCCAGCAUCUCUUCUUCAUUCAUCCAACCAGGAGCAGCCAGGAGAAAGGCUUUGUUGACCAUCCAAUCAGAAAGUACUACCCAUAUGGCCUCCAUGUCCCCUCAUCCUCAGUCUGGAAGACUGUUACCAUAUCAUUGGACUGGAGAACUUUUUCUCAUGCAGUGCAGACGUGACAUCAGUUCUAAGUAAUAAAACAGGCCUCAGAUACUCACAUAAUUCACAUUUUUACAUUAUUUGGUUGAAUGUGUUACUGUCUGCCCUGUUUGUGUUGUUACAUUGAAAUAAAUGUGAUCAACCCUGUUUUGAGUUGACAUGAAAUGAUUUAUAAUAUUAUAAACCACCUGUGAUUUUUAGACAAAAUAAAAGAAGUGUUGAAAAUA